CUCUGAAAUCACGUGACACACUUUAUUCAACACGUGACAGAGUUGCUUCAAGUAAAAGCCCAGUUGGGUUACACCACCACAUUGCAUAUUACGUACGUAAUCAGUUACCAACACUACAUAAAUUGAAACCGCAGAGAAUGUGAUGGUUCAACUACAAGGACAAGAAGGCAAAAAAUAAACCCAUGGAAGUCGUAAGUUACUUGAGACAUCCAUAAACGCUGAAUUGGAACAGUAGUUGCUCUUUUUUGGCUUUGCUUCAAAUGUUUACAGCGAGAAGAGAGAGCUUUGAAGCAACGGUAGACCAAAAGACGAGAGAGCAACAUAAGAAGACAACAUAAAGAGAGCUCGACAGCUAGUUUCUGCAGAAGCACAAGUAGUGCAAAUACACAGAAGAUGAAUACAGGAAGCAUGGGCAGCAGCAGUGGCAGAAGAUCAGUUGAUGGGAAUGAAGAAGUGGAGAUGCCAAUAUUGACUAUAUCCACAUUGCAAGAAAGAGAAGAAGAGAUUGAGAAGAAGAAGAUGGAGGUGAAGGAGAAAGUUGAGCUUCAACUGGGGCGUGCCGGAGAGGCAACCCGACGACUUGUACAAAUUCUGGAAGAGCUGGAGGUGCUGGACGAUCCCAUGAGGAAAGAAGUUGCAGUUGUCCGUAAAAAGAUCGAUAUGGCUAAUCGAGAGCAAAAGUCUCUAGGACAGAGCUGCCAUAAGAAGGAGAAAGAAUAUAAAGAAGCGCUGGAAGCUUUCAAUGGAAAGAGCAAAGAAAAGGCUCAGCUUGUCAGCACAUUAAUGGAGCUGCUGACAGAGAGUGAGAGAUUAAGAAUGAAGAAGCUGGAGGAACUGAGCAUUAAUACAGAAUCCAUAAAUUAGAAAGCCGAACUCCUGAUCCAGUAUUUUGACCCUGAUUGUUUAGUUUUCCUGACAAUUUGUGCUUCUAAACAUAGAAUCUUUACGAAUGGCUAUGAAAGUAGCCAAAUAAAUUCAAACCCUUGUACCAUAGCAUCGGUCUUCUUGUACUUAUUAGUUUCAUUUCAAGAAUAAAAGCCUCGUCUAGAGAGUCUAAAAUACACGAGCUUUGUAACUCACAUCACGAAAAGCCAUCUUUUCUCCCAGAAUAGAGAAACCAAAAAAAAAAAA